AUUAAUCAAAGACAGCAUGUUUCUUACUUCAGUGCUGAUAUGGCUUGCAAGUCCGAGACACAAACAGAUGUUGCUGCAGCUGUUCACACCCCUGAAUUUCUCAAUGGUCUCAAGUCUUCCGGUCUUCCAAACCACGAAAUCAAAUUGAAGGUUGGUAUACCGAUUAUGCUUCUUAGAAACAUUGAUCAUUCUUCGGGUUUAUGCAAUGGGACACGUUUGAUUGUUACUCAGCUUGGGAAACGAAUUAUUGAAGCCAAAGUAAUUACUGGUAAUAAUGCAGGACAAAAAGUGUUCAUACCACGUAUGAACCUGUCCCCUUCUGAUCAUAGGAUCCCCUUUAAAUUUAAUCGAAGACAGUUUCCUAUAAUGGUUUCCUAUGCUAUGACCAUAAAUAAGAGUCAAGGUCAAUCGUUAUCUAAUGUGAGCUUACUUUUAAGGAAGCCUGUUUUUAGCCACGGUCAACUGUACGUGGCUCUUUCUCGAGUAACAACUAGACAAGGUCUCAAGAUACUAAUUUCUAAUGAAGCAGGAAAAGAGUCAACUGUGACUGAUAAUGUUGUCUAUAAUGAAGUUUUUAGAAAUCUGGAUUGA